GAAUUAAUAUAAAAACAAAUGAACAACGAACGAAUUAUUUGUUGGGAGAAUAACAAACGAUGUUUUUGCAAAAAUUGUUUUUCCUAAUAUACAUUCAUAGUGUAUUCGUGAAAUCAAAACCGAUAGACCUUCCGAAUAAUGUAUAUAAUAAUAGUGAAUUCAAUAAAACCACCCCAGUUAUGAUCGCUGAAGCCGGUUACCCCGUAGAAACCCAUUGGGUAACUACGCCUGAUGGAUAUAAACUAUGUUUACAUCGAAUUCCCCAUGCGAAAAACGGUCCGUCAAACAAGAAAGUGGUUUAUCUCCAACACGGUAUUUUGGUAUCUUCAUCUGAUUGGAUCUUGUUCGGUCCCGGGAAUUCUCUCGGGUAUAUUCUAGCAGAUUUGGGCUACGACGUUUGGAUGGGAAACGCUAGAGGAACAUACUAUUCUCGCAAUCACACAACGUUAAACCCAGACACAGACAGCAAUUUCUGGCAAUUCAGUUGGCACGAAAUUGGUUAUUACGAUUUACCAACUAUGCUAGAUUAUAUUCUACUAGAAACAGGAACUGAUGGUAUAUAUUACGUGGGACAUUCUCAAGGUACCACAACAUUUUUCGUGAUGACAUCAACACGACCUGAAUAUAACAAAAAAAUAAAAGUACAAAUCAGCUUAGCUCCGAUAGCUUACAUGAGCCAUAUGACCAGUCCUCUAUUGAGAAUACUUUCGUUUUGGGAAGGAUCCUUCGAAACUCUGAUGAAUCUCAUUGGAAUGUAUGAAUUUGUACCCGAGGAGAGCUUCUUACAUAUGCUUACAGAAUCUAUAUGCGAAACUGGAAUCGGACCUAUAUUAUGUGAAAAUGUCUUGUUCGCUUUAUGCGGUUUUAGUUUAAACGAAAUGAACACGACGAAAAUCCCGCUGAUUGUCGGACACGCUCCUGCUGGUGCUUCUACUAAGCAGAUACUCCAUUACGGCCAAGAAAUUUCAAGCGGACAUUUUAGACAAUACGAUUUCGGCGUAAUCGAGAAUUUAAGAAAAUACGGUUCAGUGCAACCUCCGGAUUACGAUUUGUCGAAGGUUUCUGCUCCGGUUUUUCUCUUUUUUAGUUACAACGAUUGGUUGGCUGGAGUUGAAGAUGUCGAGCGAUUAUCUCACGAACUUGGGAAUCUCCAAGGGAAAUUUUCGAUAGCAGAAACUUCUUUCAAUCAUCUUGAUUUCACUUACGGAGAUCACGCUAAAAAAUAUGUGUAUAAUGAAGUGGUUAGCAUAUUUGCUAAAUAUUAGAUGUAUCAAUGUGUUUAUUUGUGGCAUUUCUCAUUUUGUAUUUUUUGAUUGAGUUUUUAAAACUAAAUCAACAGCUUACGGAAAACUGCAGACAUCCCGCAACAACAACAACGUAAUUUAGCUUUUGACUUGAGUUAAAAAAUAUCCUUUUCGGAGAUGAAAUUCUGCAAAAACUCUUUUGAAUGAUAAAUUGGCUGUUCAAAUUUUAAUUUCGUGGAAAAUUGUCGUUAUUUAGUUCAAUUUGUUUGAAUUUUCGAAUUAAAUUUGAUAGAAAAUUAGCGUUUCUAAGCUUCUAAACUUCUUUUAAAUCCUUAAAUAGUUGAGACCUUUUCUAAAUUAAGUUUGAUGAAAAAUUGUCCUUUAAUACUUAAGCUUGUUCGUACAUAGACUAUUUCAAGUAUAAUUCGAGAAAAAAUAUGUUUUCCCAGCUUAUUUUUUAUUUAUAAUUUUGUUUUUUACAAUUAAAUGAAUCAAUAAUUUCAUGUAUAAAUUGAUCAGAAAUUUAUUUUCAUACGUACUUCUUGGGUAAAAAUUGACUUUUUUGAGUUCAAAUAUAUCAAAAAUUGGCUUUUUAAAGUUGAUUUUCAUCAAAAUUAUAACUUCGAUUAGUUUCUUUUCUCUUUUCUGAAUUUUUCAAAUUUUCUCAUUAAAAAAAUUGAAAAAUAUGAAAUAUAAACUUUAAUAUUUAAUCCAAAUACAGCUUGUAUGUAAACAAACUAAAGCCCUGAUUAAUUUGUGUACAUUUUUUGUAAUUUAUUUAUUGGCGGUAAGUGUUGUAUGGUUUGUAAACUCGUUGGAUAGCUUACAAAUACUAGUAGCUAGUUUAGUUAAACAAAUAUUUAUCAUCAAAAUAACAUGACGUUUGGAUAGUUUGUAUACUAACGUCACCUAACCUAACCUGACGGCCUAGGGAUGGAUAUCGAUGGUUCGAUGUUCUCAAAUUAUCGAUGGUUUUACGAAAACAUCGAUAUUUCUUCAAUCAAUAUUUUGCAGUUAUCGAUGGUUUUAAAUAAACAUCGAUGUUUUGGUAAUUUAAAUAAUUCCUGGUUGUUGAAAAGCUAAUUAAUAAAUUUGCAAUUAUCCAAGACUAAUUAUUUCAUUAUUUGAAUCACCUCCAAUGAAUAAAGAAGGUUGUGGAAUACGUUUGUGUUGUGUACGUUUUGAGUGAGGUUCAGAUAUUGUUAUUAUUCAUAUUCAUUCGUAAGUUGUAUUGUAUCGUUUUUUUCCGUUAGUCUGUUACAGUUACGUUUGUCGUUUGUGUAAAAUUUAUGUCGUUUACGCUUUUAAAUUUCAAAUAUUAAACAAAAUGGGUCCUAAAAGUGAAAUAUAGCUUCGUUUCGAUCAAUGUGAUGAUUAGAAAUCACAACAAAAAAACUCAGAGCGCAUGGCAAAAAAAGAAACAAUCGACAGAUAAAUAAAUGCCCGAAGAACUUGAAUUGUAAAAUUUAUUUCUUUUUAAUAAAUUUUGAUUUGAAUCUCA